AUGCGAAAUCCGAUAGUAAGCGUUCAUGACGUCAGCUGUGGCUAUUACACCAGAGAUCAGCCUGCAAAGUUUCCUUCUAGAUUAGCCGCGAGUUUCAAAACAAUCAAGAUAGAUUCACGAGACCUUGCAGCCCGCAAUGUUUUAGUUGGAGAGAGAGAGAAAGGUGUAAAGUGACAGACUUUGGGAUGGCCAGAGAUGUCCAGCAAGAAAAUAUCUAUGGACGAAAGACGAAGGUAAUCCAACAAUUUAUACGAGUAUUACAUCAACUAUCAACGUCUUUGAUUUGUCGCCUUUUAUAAAUUUGGACCUGUUUCACAAAGUAUGAUUGAAAUAUUUAGGGUCGCCUUCCAAUGAAGUGGACAGCUUAUAAGGCGCUGUUGUAUGGAAGAUAUACCACCAAAAGUGAUGUGUAAGUACAUCAUUACCCAUAGCAAUGAAUUCUAGCAUUUAUUUUCCAACAAACUUUUUUUUAUGGAAAUGAAUUUCAUUCAUGACAAUUUGUCUAUGUCUUCAAUUAUCUAAGUUACAUACGUUUGAUUUGCCUGUCUGUAGAUGGAGCUAUGGAGUUGUGCUUUUCGAGAAUUUCACCAUAGGUAACAUCCAAUGAACGUUUGACUCUGUAGAUAUUUCUUUAUACCGGUUUGAUUUAACAACUUCUACUGUUUAGGUAAACAAACGUAAUGAGUUUUCCCUUGCAGAUUCUUACUUCAUCAAGUGACAGUGGUGUUGUUUUGUAACAUCUAUAUUUCGAUGGUGUUGUGGUUCUCCGUCAGGUGGUUCACCUUAACCAAGAAUGGACGGAAAAAAAAUUGCAAACGUACUUCAGGAGGGAUACAGGAUGCCUAAACCACAACAUGCGUAUGAAAAAUUGUAAGUUUUCUUCCAUUUUUGAUUCGUUCUCUUUUAUUGCAAAAGCAAACGUUCCUUAAAUCUCUACCAGAUCAAUUUUGAAAAAUAACAGGUAUCAGAUCAUGAUGAAAUGCUGGAAGAAUGACUCGGAUGCCAGACCAACUUUCACUGAGUUGAAAAAACAGCUGACAUGGAAACCAUGCAUAAGGUGAGAAUUGUUAAAAACAUGAAAGUUUCCAUUUAUGCAAGAGCUACUGGCUUAAGCUCAGCUAAUUAGGGUUUCAAACUUAACAGCAUUGAGCCUAGAUAGCGUAGUAAUAUGUACUCAUCUCUAUAAUUUUUGUGAAGUUUGGAUUGCAUCUUCUUGUUGUGUCACUGAAGCUAGCACUCCACGAAAAACAGCGAAGAAGCGAACUAGAAUGUUUCAAUGACAAUUGACACUUUAUGGUUAUUUAAAAGGUCCUAGGAUAAUUGCAAAAUUGCUUUGAGAUGCACAAAGAGUAGCAAACGCCAUAUAAUACUUUCUCCUUGAAUUUAUAUUGGUGUGAAAACCUGAGCAAUUGUGAGGUAACCGCUUAUAACGUAAGAGGAACACUUUUUUAAUGAUGCUGACUAUUGUAUCAAAUUUCUCAGGAAAAGUUGAACAACAUGACAAAGUACGACAAGCAGUUCUAUGCAAACGUCAAGGACUUAAUAGUGUAGUUAGAUACACGUCCGCGGUAUAUGACUGA